ACUAAACGUCCAAACUCACGAACCUUCCACCUUAUAAAGUUUCCUGCCUGCCAGUCCUGGUUACCAAACAGUUUUUUCCCAGGGCUACUCACGGCAUCCGCCAACCCAACUAAAACAAACACAAAAGAUACCCUAGCCUCAGAGGCUUCUACUCUCAUCAACAAAACACCAAAAUGUCCCUCGUCACAGAACUGAAGACUCCGGUCACGGGCACCUACCAGCAGCCCACCGGUCUCUUCAUCAACAACGAGUGGGUGGAGGCUGUCGACAAAAAGACCUUCGAGACUAUCAACCCUAGCACCGAGGAGGUUAUCUGCUCCGUCAGUGAGGCCACCGAGAAGGAUGUCGAUAUUGCAGUCAAGGCUGCCCGCAAGGCCUUCGAGGGCGAGUGGAAGCAAACUACACCUGGACAGCGAAGCAAGCUCUUGACCACUCUCGCCGACCUUACUGAGAAGAACCUUGAACUGCUUGCCGCCGUCGAGGCUCUCGACAACGGAAAGUCCAUUGCGAUGGCCAAGGGCGAUGUUGGCGCCGUAGCUGGCUGCCUUAGAUACUAUGGCGGUUGGGCGGACAAGAUCGAGGGCAAGACCAUUGACAUUGCCCCCGACAUGUUCCACUACACAAGGUCUGAGCCAAUCGGUGUCUGCGGUCAAAUCAUCCCUUGGAACUUCCCUCUUCUCAUGCUGGCAUGGAAGAUUGGACCUGCUCUGGCUACGGGUAACACCAUCGUCCUGAAGACUGCCGAGCAAACACCCCUCUCAGCACUCGUCUUCGCCAACCUGAUCAAGGAGGCCGGAUUCCCCGCCGGUGUCGUCAACAUCAUCUCUGGCUUCGGCAAGGUCGCCGGUGCUGCCAUCUCGGCACACAUGGACAUCGACAAGGUUGCUUUCACUGGCUCCACCGUUGUUGGCCGCACCAUCAUGAAGGCCGCCGCCUCUUCCAACCUCAAGAAGGUCACCCUUGAGCUCGGUGGCAAGUCGCCCAACAUCAUCUUCAACGACGCCGAUAUUGAGGCUGCCGUCAGCUGGGUCAACUUUGGUAUUUACUACAACCACGGCCAAUGCUGUUGUGCCGGUUCGCGUAUCUACGUCCAGGAGGGUGUUUACGACAAGUUCGUUGCCGCUUUCAAGGAGCGCGCCGAAAAGAACAAGGUCGGUGACCCAUUCAAGGAGGACACCUUCCAGGGUCCCCAGGUCAGCGAGCUCCAGUUCAACCGGAUUAUGGAGUACAUCAAGUCAGGAAAGGAGGAGGGAGCUACCAUUGAGACAGGUGGUGAGAGGCACGGCGACAAGGGCUACUUCAUCCAGCCCACCAUCUUCACCAACGUCCGUCCGGAGAUGAAGAUCAUGAAGGAGGAGAUUUUUGGCCCCGUCGUUGCCAUGGCCAAGUUCAAGACCGAGGAGGAGGUUAUCGCUCUUGCUAACGAUACCAACUACGGUCUGGCUGCCGCCGUCCACACCAAGGACCUCAACACAUCUAUCCGAGUCAGCAACGCCCUGAAGGCCGGUACCGUCUGGGUCAAUUGCUACAACAUGCUCCAUCACCAGCUUCCCUUUGGUGGUUUCAAGGAAUCUGGUAUUGGUCGCGAGCUGGGCGAGGCUGCGCUGGCCAACUACACCCAAACCAAGUCUGUUGCUAUCCGUCUUGGCGGACCCAUCUUCUAAUCGAACAAGAUUGAUAUUUGGUAUAAAAAAAAAGAAGAAAAAAAAAUAAGCGCUCUAUGAUUCCCAGUAUACUAAAUGGAGCCAGCAAAGGAAUGUUUAUUGCAUUGUAUAUAACUCUUGCAUUCGUUUCCAAUUGCAGGACCAUGUAUGACCAAGGCAGAUCGAUGGGAGGAUCGAAUCUUUUUAUGACAAUAAAAAUGUUCACGACGA